UGGCGGCCAUAAUCGUCAUGAAAUUACUUAGCACUCGCUUGCCAAAAUUACGCCUGCUCUGCAGGCUAUAAUCACCUGCACACCUUCUUUGAACCAAGCAUAAUCUGAACCAUCCGUAUGGCCAUUGAGACAAUUUCCUUCAAGCUGAAAAGGGGUCAUCAUCAAAGGGAAGCGAACUACAAGGGAUCCGAGAAAGAAGAGGAGGGUACUCUGAGGGACGGGACACAAUUUGACAGCAGUAUCCCUCGAGGAGAACCAUUCGUGUUUACAUUAGGAGUGGGACAAGUUAUCAAAGGAUGGGAUCAAGGACUAUUAAAUAUGUGUGAAGGAGAAAAGAGGAAACUUGUAAUCCCAUCAGACCUUGGUUAUGGGGACAGAGGAGCUCCCCCUAAGAUCCCAGGUCGUUCGCGGGGAAUGCCGAGGACAGACAGUCGCCAUCGAGUUCUACAUUAAAAGUGAUGAAUCCGAACCCUUAAGGCAUUACCGCGAGGCGCGCAAGGAACUGAACAAGCUGCUUCGUGUACGACAGCAUCCUUUCCUUACCAACAUCAUCAGUGUGUCCUUGUGCCCCUUGUGCCUUGUGCUGGAACUAGCAGGGCGCGGGGCUCUCACCGAGAUCUUAUCCAGCCCAAACUUGCUUGAUCACAUUGUCCUCUUUCAGACUGCAUAUCAAGUUGCAGACGCACUGAGAUUCCUUCAUGGCAUAGAUGUCAUCUAUAGAGACUUAAAACCGGAAAACGUCCUUGUUUGGUCCUUG